AUACAUAUAUCUAAGGCUUUUCCUUACCUUAGCCAAUAAGAGAGGGAAGGAAAAGAGAGAGCUAGAGGAAGGCGAGUUAGAGGAAGCGGCUUUGAUCGGUAAGUAAGCUGAACACUGAACAUGACGUCGGAGGUGAAGGACGCAACGUCGACAUCGGCAGUGGCGGAGCAGGCGCCUGUGACGGCGGUGCGACCCGUCCAACGAGAUCUCGAGCAGCACAUUCCUAAGCCUUACUUGGCACGAGCUCUAGCUGCACCGGACAUGUAUCAUCCCGAGGGAACAAAGGAUAAGAAGCACCACCAGAUGAGCGUUCUUCAGCAACAUGUAGCGUUUUUCGACCGCGAUAAUAAUGGCAUUAUCUACCCACGGGAAACUUAUGCAGGUUUUCGGACGCUCGGUUUCAAUGUGAUAGCAUCAUUGGUGUUGUCCAUACUUAUAAAUGUAGCUCUUAGCUACCCAACACUACCAGGAUGGAUACCUUCUCCGUUAUUCCCAAUUUAUGUCCACAAUAUUCACAAAGCUAAGCACGGCAGUGAUUCGGGAACUUACGACACUGAGGGCAGGUACAUGCCGGUUAAUUUUGAGAACAUCUUCAGCAAGUACGCACGUACGGACCCAGAUAAGAUGACAUUUCGGGAGAUGUGGCAAAUGACAGAAGGAAAUCGAGAGGCGUAUGAUAUUUUUGGGAGGCUUGCAAGCAAGCUGGAGUGGACAGUUUUGUACGUCCUCGCACGAGAUGGGGAAGGCUUCCUGCCCAGAGAGGCCGUUCGCUGCUGUUUCGAUGGGAGCCUGUUCGAAUACUGUGCUCAGCAGAGAGAAUUGAAUGAUAAGCUGAACUAGUGCAGUUGGUCUAUAGGUUUUUAAGUAUGUUUGUGAGAAUAUGCAUGUAAUGGCACAUUUUCUAAUAGGCAUAAUAAUUGGGUAUAUCUAUCCCAGUUUAGUAAUACUACUAUAGUGGUGUGUUAUGUUAUUAAAAA